ACUGGGCACCUGUUUUUUCCCGGCGGCAUGGCGUCCUCAUGGCUCUCCAAAGCAGCGUCCAUGGCACAGGCCGCGCAGGAACGGGCGAAGGAGGCAGCAGAGAAGGCGGCCAAAGAAGCCGCCAAGUUCCGAGAUGAGGCCCAAGCGGCCGCCAGUGGCUUGGCCCAGGGCGCGGAGCGAUUCCUGCUUCCCGAAGCCAAAGCCAACCACCGGGAGCUGGUCUUUGAGGAGGGUCCCCUGGGCUUCGAGAUUGAGGGCGCCCGCGUCAUUGCUGUGGACGAUGAGGGCCAGGCCGCUCGCUUGGGCCUGCGGACGGGCGACGAGCUUCUGGCGGUGGAUGGCGAUGUCAUCCCAAGUCCUCCAGCAGAGGACACUCCUGAGGAGGGCGAUGCUCGGGUGAAGCGGCUGAUUCGGAAAUGGAUCAAGAACAAGCCGCGACCGGUCUCGUUGCGGUUCACCUUGCCCGUCCAAAGUAACGACGAGCCUGGAGGAUCGGAGAGGCCUGCAGUGGAGGAUACAGGUGUGAAGGCGCCAGAGCCCGACGCAGGCGAAGCGCAGGAUCUGGACGAGCUUGCCGCAGGCGAGCCUGCGGAUCCCGUCCAAGGCGUGGCAUGGCCAGAUGCGGCGGAGCUAGAUGAAGGCUCCGGCGAUGGAGAUGGCUGGGACCUGGACUUGGCUCCGCUGGACAUUGAAAGUGACAAGGAGGCCCCGGUCACCGCAAAUGGCAACGAGCCUUCGGGCGAGCAGGAGGCGGUGGAAGCAGCAACAGCGCUUGUGGAAGAGCUUCCGGACAUGUCAACGGAGGAAUUGCAGGUUCCGGACGCUCAAGAGGAAGCGGUUGAGGAGCCUGCUGAGCCUGCCGUUCUAGAACCAGAGGCGGCGGAAGCACCAGCCGUGAUGGAAGAGCUGGCUGACACGGCGGAGGAGACUUUGCAGGCCACAGAGAACGCAACAGAUGGAUGGGAUGACCUUCUCGGUGUGGAUGAGCAGGUUCCGAACGCUCAAGAGGAAGCGGUUGAGGAGCCUGCUGAGCCUGCCGUUCUAGAACCAGAGGCGGCGGAAGCACCAGCCGUGAUGGAAGAGCCGGCUGACACGGCGGAGGAGACUUUACAGGCCACAGAGAACGCAACAGUUGGAUGGGAUGACCUUCUCGGUUUGGAUGAGCAGGUUCCGAACGCUCAAGAGGAAGCGGUUGAGGAGCCUGCUGAGCCUGCCGUUCUAGAACCAGAGGCGGCGGAAGCACCAGCCGUGAUGGAGGAGCCGGCUGACACGGCGGAGGAGACUUUGCAGGCCACAGAGAACGCAACAGAUGGAUGGGAUGACCUUCUCGGUGUGGAUGAGCAGGUUCCGAACGCUCAAGAGGAAGCGGUUGAGGAGCCUGCUGAGCCUGCCGUUCUAGAACCAGAGGCGGCGGAAGCACCAGCCGUGAUGGAAGAGCCGGCUGACACGGCGGAGGAGACUUUGCAGGCGGCGGAAGCACCAGCCGUGAUGGAGGAGCCGGCUGACACGGCGGAGGAGACUUUGCAGGCAGUUUCCAAGCUGAUUUGGCUGACGCUGCUGGCAACUGCUGACCAGGUUCCGAGCGUUCAAGAGGAAGCGGUUGAGGCGAUUGAUGGCAAGGCUGGCAAGGCAGACGCAGCCGAGAAGGCGCCCCAGCAGUUCGGUGGAGCUUUCUACAGCAAAUUGCGCAUACGAGCAUGGGCCUACAAUCUGAUAGAUCCCGUUCACAGCCUCUCGUGGAGGAGGGAAUGGCUUCGAGAGUUCAACGCCCUGGGCUUCUGCUUGAGACCGCAGGCUGCCAAGCUUAUAGGUUCCUUCCUGGAGACUUGCGAUGACCCUGAAAAUGCGGUGGAAGCGCUGGUGUCUCGCACUAAGGCGCACCUGAACGCCAGCGCCUGUGCCUUUCAAUCAGUCAUCGAUGAGGAGGUGAUGAAGGCUGUCAUUACUGCAGCCGUGGAGGGAGUGCACCAGGAUCCUGACGUGGAGGUGCUGAAUGGUGAGCUUGAGGAAGUGCAGAUCUACAAUGCCCUGACUCAGUUGAAGCCCUUCGUCUUCAAUGACACCACCAAGGCAUGGGAUCCUUCCCCUAGAGAGCCCACACUCUUUGGAGCAGUGGCUUCAAAGUCCAAGAUCUACCAAGAUCGUUUCCGCAUCUUGCAGAACCGGCUGCUUUUGCAGGGCCAGUUUGUCACCGAGGGUCUUGGCGUGACGACAGUCGGGCCAGGGCAGAAGAUCCUCACUUCAGUGGCGUCCUUGGUGGGCAACCCCGGCCGCAAGCUGUCCUUCGGCCUGCUGAGGAGGGUGGAUUAUGAGCUGAAGGGUCAAUGGGUCCUUGAGGACAUGCACAAGGUGAUGCCCAUAGAGCUCGCGGUGCAGGAGUCGCCUCACUUGGUCACGGAUGCCUCCUUCGUUCUGGUCGAGGGUGAUGUGAUCAACGGCAUGUUCCGGGUCUGCCAGCUCCAUGCGCUGUCUGCCAUCCCUCGGCAGGUGAGCAUCGAGAAAGACCAGCUGCCCAGAGAGGUUUUGACUGCCUCACUGACAGAUGAGCAGCUCAAGAUGUUGGAGGUGCAGGAGCAGGUGAAAGAAGGGAUGUACGUGGUCCUCAGCGAGGUUCACUUGGACAGCGUCCAAAUCCUUGACAUGCUGGAGAUCCUCUUCCAAGGCUACGAAGCUGCCGGUCCGCCGGCUGGGUACAUCUUCAUGGGGAACUUCAGCUCCCGCGCCUUCGUCCCCACCGCUGCCGGAGUCCAGGCCUACCGUGAAGGAUUCGAUCGGCUCAAGUUCAUGAUGCGGAGCUUGGAGGCUCACGUCGCAAAGGGCACCCGCUUCGUCUUCAUCCCUGGGCCCAUGGACCCGGGGCCGCAGACGCUGCCCAAGCCUGCGCUGCCGGACUACCUCACCGCAGAUUUGGCCAAAAGCAUCCCCGGCGCGGUCAUGGCCACCAACCCGUGUCAUGUUCGGCACAUUAGCAAGGAGAUGGUGUUCUUUCGACACGACGUGUUGCGGCUACUCCGAAAACACGAGGCCGUGCCGCUGAUGCGGGACAGCCAGGUCUCCGGCUUCGACGAGCUCCUCCAGCGCGAGAGCGCGCGGUUCAUCCUUGACCAGGCCCACUUGCUGCCCUUGCCACUGGAGGAGAGCAAUAUCCUUUGGGAGCAUGACCAUGCGCUGCGACUCUAUCCACUGCCGCACGCGGUAUUCAUUGGAGGUGUCAUUCCCCAAUUUGAGUACAGCUACCAGGAGUGCAAGUUUGGCAGUGUUGGCCCUUUCAGCGCUGGCAGCUUCUACAGCUUCUACCCGGCACAGGCAGAGCUGGAGGUGUGCGACGUGCCAGACCGCGCAGGCAAGGCAGUUAGAAGGAAGGCAUCAGUAUCUCUUGCGAAGAGCUGCGAGACCACGCGUGUGGGUGAGCUAUGCUAUGAGGAGAUGUAUUUGGCCUACCACAAUGGCAUGGAGCCGGAUGCUCCCUCCGUGGAGGACCUCCAGAAUUUCUUUUAUGCCAAGCCGCCUCCGACGUAUCCCACCUUCCAAGGGGCGGAUGGCGGCAAGGACCGUGUGUGUCGUGGCUCGACUUGGAACGACAACAACCCCAAUAACUAUGUGGCUGUGUACUCAGAGUCUUUGGAUGACUGCAAGCUCAAAUGCAUGAGCUCCUACGGCUGCAAGGCGGUUGAGUUCUCGGUGGGCCGCUGUGAGCUGUGGCUCAAGGAGGUUCAGGCCACACGCAUCCUCAGGACCGGGUGCCUUCGCCUGGUGCAGAAACCUGACAAUCGUCAUUGCGAGCUGCCAGCGUGCCCUCCCUGCCGGACUGCUGUGGAAGGGGAGUCCUGCUAUGAGGACGUGAAGUGGGCAAAGGAGUCCGGCAUCUAUAGCAAUCCCGAGUGGUAUCCUGGCCUCACGCCAGCGUCCAGCUUCGAAGACUUUCAGCGGCUUCUCACUGCAGCAGGCACCACCACCUGCACCGAUGUGCCCUGUGGAUCGACGGUACCGAGCCCCACCACAACAACAACUACAACCACCACAACCACAACCACAACCACCACCACCACCACCACCACCACCACCACCACCACCACCACCACCACCACCACCACCACCACCACCACCACCACCACCACCACCACCACCACAACCACCACAACCACCACCACCACAACGACCACAAGUCCUGCAAUGACCACUAUGCCUGAGCAGCGCGGUUGUGAAAGUGUGUGGGAUGUCGUGGCCAGCGACCCUUGGUCCUCUGACACCUGUGGCAACCGGAUCACAUAUUUGAUCAACACAGGGAGUACAGAGCACGAUGCCAAGAAAACCAUCGCAGUGGACUAUUUGGUCUGCGACGCCUGCUGGCCUUGGCCAAAAUACAAGGGCUCUGAUGAUAAGCGGGUUUCCAAGAAGCGCGGCAUCGCACAACAGAACUGGAGGUUGAAUUCUGCUGGGCUCUCCUCCUUAGCACAAAGUAUGCAUUGGGGCUAUACGUGGCACCACACCACAGGCAACGGGCCCAGCCUCGGCGAUUGGGAGCUGCAUGGCCUGAACUUUGUGCCCAUGGUGUGGGGCGGCGAUGCCCACAUGGACAGGGCCGUGCAGGACGGCCUGCCCAGUGGAAAGAAGGCGGUCUUGGGAUUCAACGAGCCGAACUUCCCGGGGCAGGCGGACCUGCUGCCAGCUGCGGCGGCGCAGCUGUGGCCGCAGGUGGAGACGCUCGCACGGGACGCGGGCAUCGAUUACAUCGUGAGCCCCGCGGUGAACUUCGCAGACUACGACCCCAUCCUUUGGCUGCAGCACUUCUUCGGCAACUGCACUGGAUGCAAAGUUGAUGCGAUUGCGUUUCAUUCCUAUACUUGCUACGCUAGAUGGCUACGAGAACACCUCGAGAGGUACAAGGUUUUUGGGAAGAAGAUCUGGCUCACAGAGUUCGCCUGCAGUGACGCCAGCUCCUUGGAGCGCCUGCCUAUGAGCGGGCAGAUGGACUUCAUGAGGGAGGUGAUUCCUAUGCUGGAGCGCGACGACGACAUCGAGAUGUAUGCUUGGUUCAGCAUGUUUGAAGAUGACUGGGUGUAUCCCAUCGUGGACGGCAAGAAUGGAGAUGCCGGGCUCUUGCAGAGUGACGGCAAGCUUUCUCCGUUGGGCGAGCUCUAUGCGUCCUUCCUUGGGCCCGACAUGUUGGACGCACCUCCCAUAGUGACGGUGGCACCAGGGCCUACAUGUCGGACGGCGCAGGUGGACGAGGAUUGCUAUGACGCUGUGGAAUGGGCAAGGACGUCGGGGAUUUAUUCAAACCCCGAGUGGUACCAUGGUUUGACAGCUCAGUCUUCCUUCGAAGACUUCCAGAACUACUUCUAUGUGAAUCGGAUCAACGACGGCGUGUGCGGCUCUGCACCUUGUGUGCGGGUGACCGCGACCUCGUCCCCACUUUGCACCUCCCGCGGAAACUGCAGCGGCCACGGGGUGAACGUCUUUGGCGCGGACGGCUUUGAAGACGACGCCGCGGUUAAGCGGGCAGUGGACGAGCUGUUUCGCAAAGGAGUGCGCAACUUCAGGGUCAUCAACGUGGGAGCUUGGGCAGAUGCGGCACUCAACGCCAUCAAUGAUGCUGCGCAGGGAGGCCACGUGUCGCUGCAAAUCACCAGCCUCUUCUUCGAUUCGCCAUCCACCUGCUCGAGCCUGCCCAGCUGGAUGGACUUCUCGCUGGCCAACACGAAGCGGAGGCUUAGCGCGCUGACGCACAUCAGCCGCAUCAUCGUGCAGCUGGACACCUGCAGCAUUUGCCAGGAGUCAGCCCUGUACUGCAUCAAUCCCACCGAGCAGGGCUUCGGGCAGGACCUCGCGGCCGAGAGAGCCGCGGUCUUCAAGGACUUCGUGGAGCAGCGCUAUGGCUCGUUGAUCCAAGAGGCGCAUGAGGCGCUUCCAAGCAAGGUGGAGUUUGUGAUCCCGUUCCAGAACGAGCGCGCAACUCCAACUUCGAUGCUGGAGAGGCUCAUCGCAGAUUGGAUCCAGCCCCUGCGUGCCCAAGGCCGCAAGUUCUACUUGGAGGGCACCAUCUAUCCCUUUUGGACCUCUACGGAGCCGUUCUUCGCGGGCUUUGAGACCGGCACGGCGAGAAGGUACCUGGACCUGGCUGCCCAGCUCUCGCUGGAUGGCUUCCACGUCUCAGAGACGGGGUGGCCCCAGAGCUGCCCGCUGAACGCCAACUCCCGCCCGCCCUCGCUGGAGAAUAUGUGCCGGUAUUGGAACAACUCCCUUUACGAAGUCGAUGAUCUAGUGCAGGAGGUUGGAUCGCGUCUGACAGUGUAUCACUGGAAGAUGGGCCCAGCGAAUGAUGGCAGUUGCGGGGAGUCCACCUUUGGUCUCUUCACGAAGCAAGGGUCCUUUGUGUGCGACACCUCUGGCUUGGUGCAACUGAGCGCAUGACACAAGUUUCACAGGCGCGUUUGGAGGCACCGCAAGCACUUCCAAGCGAUCAUUCCCAAGUUCGCGAACGAAUUUGAGCAUGAAUCAAUGCGAGCCCAUGCGCAGGUUUGUCUAGGAUACAAUGAGCAUGGGAAAAUCUGUGGGCCCAAUCAAGGAGUCUGCGAGCUUAAGGUUUGCAGACCUUGAUGUAUCUCAAGAAUGAGGUACGGGUGACCCCAAAUUCGGCCACAAGGGGCUGACAUGUGGUCCCUUGAGGCUUGCACUGAAGCAGCGGUUCCAUGCGUGAAGUACUACAGGACAAAGCCAAGCAAACCUCGGAGGGCCGGCACGGCCA